AUGUCUCAGGCUCUCUAUGCGCGUUCUUGGAUUUUAGAUACAAUGCCUAAAGUUUCCUCUGGAGAAUCUGACUCAGAAUCCAUUGCAUCCGCCACCUCUUCAGUUGAUGAAGAGGAUGUGAACACUCGAUUGGCCCCAAACUGGUGUCAUUAUCGCCACAUCAUAGGCCGUCGAGGAUUCCGACUUGAUACGUGUAGCGAUGUGAAACAAUUUUACCAGCGUUACUGGGAAGGUCUGGUCGCUCAAGGCUGCGACGUUCCUCGGGAUUGGCCUGGAUAUCUUCGAGCAUGUAACGGAGGAGGCGAUGACGAGCUAUGUAAAGACGUGGGUCUACCGGAUAAUCUAUUUCGCGGAACUCGCUGCUCUGACGAUCUCAAAGUGGUAAUCAAGGCUGUUCAUACGCAUAGUCGCGAGUACGAUAUUGUGCGAUAUCUAUCUACCCCUCCUGUGCGAGAUCAUCCCAUGAAUCACUGUAUUCCUGUUUUGAACAUAAUCGAUGUUCCGGAAGAUCGGAUUGCGUUCAUUGUCAUGGAGGAAUGGUCCCCACAUCUGGUCACAGACCCGCCUUACAUUCUCAGAAGUUUUUUGGGUACUCUGCGUCAACAUUUAGAGCAUAUCACCUUUAUGCACGCGCACCAUAUUGCCCACCUCGACAUAUCUUUGCGAAACAUGUUGACCGACAACCACACACGCUACGCCUGCAUUGAUUUCGAGACAAGUCGCCGCUUCGAUAAAGCGUCCAGUCCCCGUGUCUUUCGACAUCAUGCUGCUGAGACUCCUCCGGAGGUCGAAACGAGCGAUUGGUGUGAUCCGUAUAAGAUCGAUGUUUAUGCCUCUGGCAUCCUCAUGCUCCGAGCAGCAAACUUGACAGGUCAUAACAUCCCGGAGCUUUCCCACAUACUUAGGCCAAUGUUAGCGGUAGACCCUGAAUCCCGGCCUACCAUAGCAGAGGCACUGAUUACCUUCAACGGUUUGAUGCGCACGAUAGAAGACAGUCAGCUGGAUGGCUGCACCCCGUCAUGA